ACACCCAAUCAUCCACUUCCCGCCGAGACUCACUCUCUCUGUAUCCCCAUGGAUGUUCAUGCUCUUCCUCUCUUCUCUCUCCUCCUUUUCCUCUCACUCUCACUCUCUCUCUCCACAUACUCUCUCUCCACCACCACCGACACCGCCGCCCUCCUCCUCUUCCAAUCCCAAACCGACACCCACGGCAACCUCCUCUCCAACUGGACCCUCCCCAACACCGCCGCUUCCACCGCCUGCUCCGCCGCAUGGCGCGGAGUACGGUGCACCAACGGCCGGGUAACCGCCCUCUCUCUCCCCUCCCUCGACCUCCGCGGCCCCAUUUCUUCACUCUCCUCCCUCGAUCAGCUCCGCCUCCUCGACCUCCACAACAACCGCCUCAACGGCACACUCGACCCCAUCGCCAAUUGCACCAACCUCAAACUCGUCUACCUCUCCGGCAACGACUUUUCCGAAGCAAUUCCAUCGACAUUCUCUUCUCUCACUCGUCUUCUCCGAUUAGACCUCUCCAACAACAACCUCAAAGGCCCAAUUCCAGACUCUUUCUCUAACCUCACUCGCCUCCUCACUCUCCGCCUCCAAAACAACGAACUCUCCGGCCAAAUCCCCAAAUCUCUCGCCUCACUUCCCUCACUAAUAGAAUUCAACUUGUCCAACAACGACCUCUCCGGAAAUUUACCGAAAAAUCUCAGAACCAAAUUCGGCGAUCGGAGCUUCUCCGGCAACCAAGGGCUUUGCGGAACGAGUCCUUUUCCAUCUUGUUCCUUGUUCCCAUCGGCUCAAAUCGUACCAUCAAAACCGUCCUCAUUUCCUUCCACCUCCAUAAUCGACGAAACCGAGCAUAAACCUCGAAGAGGGCUUAGUCCUGGAGCCAUAGUAGGAAUCGUGAUUGCCAAUUCAGUUCUGCUACUCGUGAUCACGUCGUUCGUUGUAGCUUUUUAUUGCGGCACACAAUCUAGAGAUUCGAAUUCGAGAUCUGGAAGCGAAGAAACGAAGAGAUCGAAGACAUCAAUUGAGAAGAAGAUUUACGCGAACGAUUAUGAAGAAGAAGAAGAGAGCGGCGGUGAUCGGAGGAGCAAGCUGGUGUUCUUCGACAACAAGAAGAUGUUCGAGCUCGAAGAUUUGUUGAGGGCGUCGGCGGAGAUGCUGGGGAAGGGGAGCUUGGGGACGGUGUACAGGGCGGGGCUCGACGGCGGGUAUACGGUGGCCGUGAAGAGGUUGAAGGAUGCGAAUCCAUGUGAGAGGAGAGAGUUUGAGGAGUACAUGGAUUUGAUUGGGAAGCUUAAGCAUCAGAAUAUUGUGAGACUAAGAGCUUACUAUUAUGCCAAAGAAGAGAAGCUUCUUGUGUAUGAUUAUCUUCCCAAUGGAAGCUUGCAUUCUCUUCUUCAUGGGAACCGGGGACCAGGGAGAAUUCCACUGGACUGGACCACAAGGAUCAGCUUGGUCCUCGGAGCAGCUCGAGGACUCGCAAGGAUUCACGAAGAGUACUCUGCAACAAAAAUACCACACGGGAACAUAAAAUCCUCCAACAUAUUGCUAGACAAAAAUGGCAUUGCUUGCAUUGCUGAUUUCGGGUUAGCCUUGCUUUUGAACCCAGUUCAUGCCACUGCAAGGCUGGGUGGUUACAAAGCACCCGAGCAAGUCGAACUCAAGAGACUCUCUCAAAAGGCAGAUGUCUACAGUUUCGGUGUCUUGCUUUUGGAAGUGCUCACCGGGAGAGCUCCAUCGCGACACCUAUCACCAACACGUCCUCGGGGAGGGCAGGAGGAGGAGGUGGCAGUGGAUUUGGCGAAGUGGGUCCGGUCGGUGGUGAGGAAUGAGUGGACUUCAGAGGUGUUUGAUCAUGAACUUUUGAGGUAUAAGAACAUUGAGGAGGAACUUGUAACAAUGCUACAGGUUGCUUUGGCUUGUGUAGUGGAACAGUCAGAAAAGAGGCCUACAAUGGGUCAAGUGGCUAAGAUGAUUGAGGAGAUAAGGGUGGAGCAGUCUCCGUUGGGGGAUGACUACGACGAAUCGCGCAGUUCGCUCUCGCCUUCGCUUGCCACCACCGCCGAGGAGGUGUUGGCCGGUUUCUGAUGAUCUUUCGUGGACCGGUACUUACUUGCCAGUGUUUCUUGAUGGUUCUUUUCUACCUUCUUUUUUACCUUUUGCACCUUCUUAUUGCAAAUUAUUGUUGUCGUUGGAUGCUCUAUAUUGUGAGGAGCUAUGGACUUUUCUUUUUUAUUUUCCUCGACCUUGUAUUGUUUGUAUGCUUCAUGUUAAUAAAUUUAUGGUAUGUAAUGUAAUUUUGAAAUUUGGGUUGAUUAUUAGUUUUUUUUUUA